AUGUCUCUCACAAACCUCCACCAAGCCGCAUCAAAGGGCUUCGCAGACGCAGCAACCUACGAUGCCUACCGCCCCUCCUACCCGGCCGAGGCGACACAAAAGUUCCUCGCGCACCUGCGUCUCGCUGACGUGCCCCACGCCAAAAUUUUGGACCUGGCGGCCGGCACGGGCAAGAUGACCGAGGUGCUGGCGGCGCGGCACGAGGGGUUCGAGGUCGUGGCCGUGGAGCCGCACGAGGGGAUGCGGGCGGAGCUCGAGAGGAAAGGGUUGAGGGGCGUCGAAGUCCGGGACGGGUUCGCGGCGAAGUUGCCUUUGGGGGAGGAGUGGGGUGACGGGGCUGUUGUUGCGCAGGCGUUUCACUGGUUCGCGACGGUAGAGUCUCUCAAGGAGAUUCACCGCGUCCUGAAGCCGACGGCCGUGCUCGGUUUGAUCUGGAACAUUGAGGAUUACAACAAGCCAAAGCACUGGAAAGCGAGCACGCAAUGGGAACAGUCCCUCAAUGAGCUCGUCUUCACCCUGGGCGGCGACGGGCAGCCGCGCUUCCGCGACUUUGUCUGGAAGGACAUCUUCGACAGCCAGCUCGAUGCCAACCCGCUGCGCGCCGUCAAAGAUGUGGUCCUCGAGGGCGGGCGCAAGAUGCCACUCUUCAGUGUGCCCGUGGGCGAGGAAAAGGUGCCCUUCACCGUCUGGCUGACGCCCGAGGCGGUGUGGAACCGCAUACGGACACUGAGCCAGGUGGCGGUGCUCGAGGGGCCGAGGGCGGCAGCAUUCAAGGCCGAGUUUGACGCGAUCCUGGCCGGGGAGAGCGUGCAGAGGAACGAAAAGGGAGAGGUUGCGCUGCAUGGGGUGACGUAUUUUGCGUGGACUUCGAGGUUGUAG